GUCGACGUCAAGAUUACUGUAGCAAUGAGGCGUAAUAGCCCUACAGUGCUUGACCUUUUAGCACGUUGACAAGGACGCUCUUGGAAAGUAAGACGGAGUCAAGGCCUGCCGAGGCAGGACAGAAGUAUGAUCGAUCGAUUUUUUUUUGCUUGUUUUAGCAUUUUUGUUAACUAAAAUUUUUAUUAGAAUUGUGUGCAAACACCGACAAUGUGUGAUGAUUAUAAUGUGUUAUUGCGAAAGAAGCGUCUGAGUAACGCGAGUUCGGGGGCUAACGAGGAUACCGCCCUUCGCGCUGUAUGCCCUCUUCUGGUAGAUGGACAUUGAACUUCUGUGCAUAUAUGCGGGCCACAAGAAGCACAUGUGCGAGUUUAGCCUAGCUGCUAAUAGCACCAAUUUAAUUAAAGAGUUUUGUAUUGUUUCGGACACGCUAGAAGAUAAAGACGACUCUGUUUCGUAAUUGCUUGUGCUAAAGGUGUCAAAAUAGGCGUGCAUCGUGCGUAAGGAGGCUUCCGAAAAUCAGCUUCUACAUCCAAAAAUAAAGCCAAAAUGCCGCGUAAAAUUUCAUUUCGGGUCGAUAGUGUGACGAGCGAAGACGACGACCAUCAGGCAAGCGAGCUUAAUCAACAUGGUCCUACCGUAAAAGGAUGGCUUUCAAAGAAGUAUUGCAACUAUCCACAGGAAGUGGUCGUUCGCAUGGAGUCGAAAUGUCGCAUUUGCAGAAUUCAGAUCUUGUCUCAUCAGUUUUGUAUCCCGAGUGCAAUGGACAUUUAUGUAGGAUCUAUCGGCGCGAAAUCGCUCGACAUGUCUCUUCAGAGCGCUAAGUGGCAUCACCUCGGGGAAAUCACGCUUGCUGAUAAUAUACACUCGGAGUACAAGAGUCGCGAGCUCAAAUCCGUUCUUGUCGAUGCUGUAGGAGAAUUCGUAAAGCUGCUCGUGCACGGCUGUCACGUAAACAAGCACAACGUCUACAAUCAGGUCGGAAUCAUUGCGCUGAAUAUCAUUGGAGAUGAUGAUCCACUCGUGAAAACGUCUGAUCCAGGGGCAAACUGGCAAAGCAUUAUUAAAAGAAACGAGGAAAUCUCACCGAUGGACGACUUGGCCUUUGAUAUGUACGUCGACGGAGAGGUCGCUCAGAUUCUGAGGAAACUUGAGCACAAAAAGCGGGACGCGAUCAACGAGGAACGCUUUAUCUUCGCCAAGAAACUCAAGCAUGCUAUCGGUGAAUUACAAAAGGUAGGCGAGAGGUUAGCUAAAAUGAUGAUCGACAAGCAGACCGCGGUGGAAACUGAAGAUUUUGAUCGAGCGCGACGCAUCAAGGACGAUAUGCAGACGUAUCGCAUGAAUGCAUAUGAACAUCUGCGUCUCCCAGAACUUAUGGAAAUGGAGGGGUACAAUCCGGAACGGGAUUCCGUCGUUCCUGGACCGGUGCCUUCGCCAGAGAAAGGUGUCUCCACCGUCACCGCAGGCGGUCAACAACAAAUUAACAUGACCACAACAACCCACUAUAGUAAGAAUAUCAACGGCAGCAAAGACAUGAAUAUGUCAAAACCACAGGACCGGAAGGUUGUGUAUCAGUCACGGCUGCCUAAGCCGACGCCAUCGACCGGACUAUCUCAGUUCGCUCUGGAGUCCCGACUAUUGUCUUCAUCAAGAGCGACCGCGGAUGACGUCGAGGAAUUCGACAAAGAUCUCGUCCUCGGUGGAAUGUCUCUCAAGGAUCGUCAGGAAGCCUCUCUGCCUAUAGAGGUAUUCGGAUUACGCAUGGUACAGAAACUCUACUCGCGUAAUUUCAUUCAACGUGAAGACGCGUUCAAGGAGAUGUUACGCGUGGUCGACAGGUACAAUGCACGCCGAAGCCGACAUUCACCUGAGGAAGUUCUCCGUGCUAGUGUGUUCCUUCUUCAACGUGGUUUCCGAGACAAAGUCCUCUCCGUGUUUAUUCAAGCGCUCAAUGUCAUGCAAGCGUUGUUCACACGAUUUACAAUCAUUCAACGGACGGCCCGAGUCGACACCACACUUGCCAUCAACAAGUUGGUGCCCCGAAUUCUAUUCCGAUUAGGCGAUGCCGCUGCGCCAAGACUCAAGUCCGUCGCGCAGGAGUUCCUGCUUGAAAUGGUCGACUACGAAGACCAUAAGACUGUGCAGAGCGUGCUCGGGCUUAUCCUAAAGCCAUUUACGGAUACAACGAAUCCGCGACUGGCACAAGGUCGGGCAGAGCUUGUCGACCAGCUCAUUACCAGGGUGCCGCCCUUGAGCGACACGGAUCCAUUAUUUACCCAAGUUAUGAACUUUGCAAUCCGAGCACUAUCCCAUCCUGCAAUUCAGGUGCGGGAGGUAGCCGAGCAAAUUCUGUUGUCGCUAUACCGACUUAUAGGUACACCAGUUCGACAAUGUCUCGUACCUGAGAGCGUUCGACUUCAGCGAAACUUCACAUACAGGAAAGUAUUUGAAGAGUUCGAAAAAAUUGACCGCGAACCCACGACGUUAUCGGCUACACGGCCGCCACGACGAGCCCGCUCAGCAUCGGUUGAACCGCCAGCAACUGGGCACGGGGGAGUUCUUGGCUCCUCCAGCCAGUCUCUAUCUACCGGCGAUGUUAGCGUCGUCGGAACAGGACCCCAGGAUGGAGUUCACUUUGAUCUUGAUCGAAUGUGCAUGUUUUGCGAAGAGACCAACGAACGCUUCAAUGCAGAAACCCUUAACUACCACUACUGGACGGAGUGCCCCAUGCUUAUGCUAUGCCCCAAUUGCAAGCAGGUCGUCGAAAUCGGAGGCUUGACUCGACAUCUUCUUGAUGAAUGCAGCCACCGAUCACAAUAUAAGCUCUGUAUUCGCUGCAAGGAAGCCAUACCAAAGAACCGAUUCGAGGGUCACGUCAAAUUGCGAACUUGUAUACCGGCAAAGCCACCGAACCAGGCAAAUCACUGUCCGCUAUGCCAUCAGAACUUCCCACCGGGCGAAGAAGCUUGGAAGGUUCAUCUGAUGAGCGAAAUGGGCUGCCCGUUCAAUCCUCGACGUCGUCAUAAGCUAUUCCGCUGGCGUUCAGGGUCUAUCUUUGAUGACGAACCAGGUGACGGCAUGGCCGGACGCCUGAAAAUCCUCGGAGCACUUCCACCAGAAUACAGACAAUACGCCUUGCAGCAUCGGAGCAAGAGCGAGCCACCGAACCAGCGAAGUGCAAACUCCCUCAAAGGCGAAUCCAACAAGUCCGUCUCGUCGACGUAACUUGUGUAACUUCGAAAUAUUCGAUGGGAUACACCAUACCCAGUACGCGCAUAGCAAGAAACAGCCUCGUUCGCACUCGAAUCCAUAAUAGCAACAAUGAUUAUAGUAAUAUAGUUAUUCCUAAAAUUAUGAUUGUUACGGAAGAAUACGUGCCAGGCUCAUGUUGAUGCUUCCUGCAUGGGGACCACGCUGUGAACGUUAUCAUGCAACGAAAGGAUUCGAAGCUUUUCUAGUCAGCUUAAUCUUGUCAAUUGGCAUGAGUCAAGAACAACUUGACAGUUGUACUUCUACCAGGUGGAACCAAUUUUCUCAUUGAACUCAUCGUUUGCUUACCAUACACAAUAUGUAAAGAAUAUAGGUGUUUCCUAACGUGCGGCUAAAUGUUAAUACGAAAUCUCAUAGGUACUUUAGGUACAAUACAAUUGGAAAGAUCUCAAGUUUGAAGCUCCUCUAAAUUAGAAUAUACAUAACUAACCAAUGCUAACCACGUUCGAUAAAAAAUAACCAGCGUUAUUGUUUGAAAAACACGGCU